GAGGUGCUUUCAGGUGCUAUCUAUCCGAGCUCAGCCGACUUUCUUCCUGAAGAAAACUACACGGCUACUCUUGAGGUGGUCAUCAAAUCUCUAUUCCUUGGCAUUACUCAACUAAAUAUUACCAUCGGUGAUGAGGUUCUGCCGCCUUUCCCACUUCGCCUUCUUCGGUCGGAUCGUGAAGCUAAAGUGACACUGUAUUUCAACAUAUUCCUCGGCAUAUUCAUAUUCAUCAUUUCUACGAUGAUGGGAACUCAACUCGAACUAAAGCGGAUUUUCGGUAUCGCUCGUAAGCCAGUUGGUCCCUCGAUUGGAUUUUGCUGUCAAUUUGUGCUGAUGCCAACGAUCGGAUUCCUGUUGGCUGAGUUCGGUCUG